AGGGGGGGGCUUGCCCUGUCCCGCGCGCCGCCUGCCCCGUCCCGCGCGCCUGGCGCGAAGGCUGAGCAGGUAAUGCUAGUAUAGGGGAGUGCAUCUGACCUCAGAUCAUCCUCCGCAUCUCUUCAUAUCAGAGAACGGUGGCCAUUGAGGCCUCCUUAACAACAACACAGGAGCAUUGCUUCCAGACCCAUCCAUCCCCUAGGGAAUGCAUCUCUCCAUUCCUCGCUCAGAGACAUCCGGCUGUGGGGAGAAAUGACAGAAGUGACCAGAGAGGUGUUUGGACACUUGCCCCAGAAGGGAGGAGGAGGGGCUGUUGAAAAGUUCCUGCUGAAAUCAGACAGUGUUAAAGUGGAGAUUAUCUCCUUAGGCUGUAUAAUCACUGCUCUGGAAACCAAAGGCAGGGAUGGGAACCUCUCCGACAUUGUCCUGGGCUUUGAUCGCCUGGAAGGUUAUGUCAACAAACACCCCUACUUUGGAGCCACAAUUGGGCGAGUUGCUAACAGAAUUGCUAAUGGGAAAUUCACGGUGGAAGGAAAAGAGUAUCAGUUGGCCCUCAACAACCCACCCAACAGCCUGCAUGGAGGGAACAAAGGGUUUGACAAGGUUCUCUGGACCCCGGAGGUGCUGCUAAAUGGCAUACGCUUCUCCAGAACGAGUCCAGAUGGUGAAGAAGGGUAUCCUGGGGAACUAAAAGUCUGGGUGACCUACACGCUCGAUGGUGGGGAACUAGCAAUUAACUACCGAGCUCAAAGCAGCAGCACUACUCCUAUUAGCCUGACAAACCAUGCCUACUUCAAUCUAGCAGGCCAGGGAUCACAUGAUAUCUACAACCAUAUGGUCUCCAUAGAAGCAGACUCUUACUUGCCUGUGGAUGACACCCUGAUCCCUACUGGAGAGGUGGCUGCGGUGCAGGACACAGCUUUUGAUCUGAGGAAGCCGGUAGAGCUUGGAAGACACAUGCAGAAGUUUCAGCUCCCUGGCUUUGACCAUAACUUCUGCUUGGAACAGUCGGCGGCUCGACGCUACUGUGCAAGAGCACAUCAUCCCCCUAGUGGCAGGACGAUGGAGGUUUAUACCACUCAGCCUGGGAUCCAGUUCUACACUGGAAAUUUCCUGGACGGCUCGCUGGAGGGCAAAGGGGGCUCUGUGUAUCCCAAGCAUUCAGCCUUCUGUCUUGAAACACAGAACUGGCCGGAUGCAGUUAAUAAGCCCCAUUUCCCCAGUGCACUGCUGCGGCCAGGAGAGGAGUACAACCACACAACUUGGCUCAAGUUUACUGCAGCUUGAGGAGUCACCUCUGCAGCCACAAGGAGAAAUUCAUCACAAAGUGCUCUGCGUAGUGGGAGGGGAGCAGGGGAAAUCACUUAAAAUAGCAGCCGGAGCUUCCAAACUUCUCCAGCACAGGCAGAGGUGACAGGUGCCAGGACGUCUCCUAAGGACGGCGUUUGUAAAAGCUCUCGACACUGGCUUGACGGCUCCCAUUGGAAUCACUGGUAAAGCUCCCCUUGAUGUCAACAGAGGGAGAGUUAGGCCAGCGCUGAGGCCCUGAUCCCCAAAGGGACUUAUGCACCUAACUGCUGUUGAUUUCAAUAGGAAUUAGGCACCUAAAUACCUUUAAAACCUGGCCCUUAGUGGCUACAAAACUUGUCUUCCUCAUCCAUCAAUUGGACCAUGUCAAGGCCUCUUUUAAACUCCUCU